AUGACGCUGUCCAAACUGAACAAACACCUCGGAAACUCCAAGGAAAGGAUGCAGGAUCCCGUUGAACGACUUAGAUUCGCUCUGGACACCAUGCCUAAUGCUUUGCACGGCUUAUUCAAUCCACCUGCACGCGCUCGCAUAUUGACCGAGUUAUAUGCAGCCCUCUGGGGUUCAAACUACUCUUUAUUUCUUGCUCCGAAUGAUGUCCUCAAUGCCGGGAGUUUACUAUCAAGUGCCCAGGCCCGUUCAUCCCUCACACCACACGAUGAUGAAGAAUCUAAAGCCUGCCAGCACGUAUUCAAGAAGGGAGAAUGCUGCUUCCGUUGCAAGUCAGUAAUAUCGAGUUUCAACUUUCUGGGAACCUCUAACACUUCUGAUCUAGAGACUGUGCCAUGGAUGAUAGCUGUAUUAUGCGGGAGCUGCGACUGCGGUGAUCCGGAAGUGUGGAGAUACCCUAUCAACUGCUUAUAUCAUCGAGGAAAUCAAGAGGCAUUGGAACCCGAGAAUGAAACAAAAUCAUCCACUGUCCCUCCAUCUCUUCGAGAGAAUAUGAGUAGGGUAAUUGGAUGCGCCUUGGACUUCUUACUGGAUGUGUUAGAUUACUCUCCCGAAGAAACCCAUCUACCAGCGUCUUACGAUGCCCUGGCCAGCCAGCUAUCCGCUGAUCCCUUGCAAAAGGAGUACUGGGCCAUCAUUUUGUGGAACGAUGAGAAGCACUCGUACGACGAAGCAGUGGCCCAUCUAAGGUAUAUGACCGGUUGUAAUCAGCAACAAGCGACGGCGGUGGUGUUGAGAGCAGACGAGGAGGGGAGGGAUGUCAUAGAGGUGGCGGGCGACGCGAAAAGACUACUUGAUACUGCCCAUAAAAUAUGCACAGUCGACCUGACUGUUACAAUGCGUCGUGCAUUUGACACUUUCCGUGAACAUAUGGCCGCGGUAAUUAUCGAAUGGAUCCUAGAUUUGUUGCAAUGUCAUGUCGCUGGGGAUAAAACUAUGCUACGAGAGCUUGUUGCAACAGAACUCUUCUCGGCUAGGGGCGAAGAUUCAGGGUUCCUUUAUUCUGAAGCUGCGAAGCUUUAUCCCGAAGCUAAUGCAGGCGCUCGUCUCGAUUGGCUCUUCGUGUACCAUCCAAGACUGUGGAAGCGACCGCGGCUGAAUUUGAAACAGAUAUAUAUCACUAUACUCACGAUGAGUCAGAAGAAUAGACUCGAUGUGGACCGAGAAGCAGAAACUUCGAUCAAGUUUUUUGCUCUCGACCUUUUCACCGUUCCCAGCGUCGCCUCCCACCUUGUUCGCCAGAGCGGAGUCCUGUCACGUCUUCUAGCAGUCAUCGCGGGCUUUUUCACCAAUCAGAUUGCCAAUAAACGAAUUGCGUCACCCCCAGACUUUAAUCACCCUAUGGAUGUGGAGGCUUAUCCUUUCCGAAGCAAGCGUUAUAUGCCUAUCUUCAGCGAUAUUCGAUACAUUUGCAACAACCACAGCGUCCAGAGUAUCAUCAGCAGGGAUACUGCCUUUAUUACCGAAUUUGCAGUGGUUUGUGCCAUGUUUACGGGCAUCCAACCCAACAAGAGGGCGCGAGGAAAUCAUGUCGAGUAUGAAAGUGAUUCGUGGAUAAACGUGUUCAAUGUUACAUUGUCACUUUCCAGAGUGGUCAAGGCGUUCG